GACAGCUUGCUUUUGCAAUGGCCAAUCCUCUCUUACCGACCUUUCCUCUGUUCAUUCCGCAACAGCCUAUCCUCUUUCCAGUCGCACCAAAACCAACCAACACGAUCCCUACACCGGUGCUCCUGGCGCUUUUGGAGAACAUGAAAAACAUGAACACACUCCUCAGCAUGUCAAACAUGCGGCAACCGGUCAAUACUUUUACCCAAUUUCAACCAAUUCCUGAAACAAGACCGAUGGAGACCGAACAAUCGUCAGAACCCAGCACUGAAAUGUGUUCUGAGCACAAUUCAGAUGAAGAAGUUGAGGACAAGCAAGUGACCAAGUCUGAUUCAGUUUCAGUGAAAGUUCAAGUACGAAAUUCCAGGACGACAGCCAGAUCUGAGCCUAUUGAGAUUACUUAUGAGCAACUUGCGAAACACUUCCAUCGCAGCCUGGAAUCAGCUGCAUCCAGCAUUGGAAUCGGAAAAUCUACCAUGAAAGUUGUUUGUCGACGAUUGGGCAUCAAGAAAUGGCCCUACACCCAUAAGGGCCAGAGGCGCAGGAGACCCUCCAAGAAGAUUCAGGCCUCGGUAAGUCUCCUGCACUUGGGUUGGAAUGCGUGUUGCUCACGUCGUCUUGCAGCAGUCCGAAUCAGCACCUGCCUCCAGUGAUCGCAGCUGGUUGUCGGAAAUGGGAGAUUGCGCAAAGCCGCUGGUACAGAAAGCGGAGGAGGAAUCUUCUGAUAGCGAGUCAAGCAAAGACCCAAAGGAAAGCACUUCGUCACAAGAAGCAGCCCUCAAUCCCAACCUUCUGUCUGCCAGUGAGUGGGCGUUUCUUGCAACCUGUGCAUCCCCGAAGGCGAGUGCUACUGCUGCCUCUCAGAACUAAAUGUUCAUCUUAAUUUUCUACCGUGGCUGUAGUCGAAGUCUUGGUCCAAUGCUUUAAGAUGCUCGUCUGUGGCGGUGUUUUGUUCUGUAAAUUAUCUGCUUAAUUUUACCUGUCAGUGAAAUGUGAAAUCAUUGC